CUUGUUUCUACAUGAAGGCAGAACAGGGCUGGUAUUUUGUCACUGAUUUCUCAGGGCAAGGUGCAAUCUGCCGCAGCGAUACAAAUCCACAUGGACCCGAGCCAAUGGUCUCAAGGUCACGUCAACGUCAACUCCCAGUCAUACCAGGAAGUACAAAACAAAAUUAAUCACAGCUGAGCGCUUGAUUUGUCUGUCUGAGGAUUUAUCUGCGGUACCACAGACAAAAUAUUUCCCAGGAUGAGAAGUUAGCUGCCACUGUUGGACACGUCCUGCUCCCAAGAUUAAACUAUUGUUGACAACCUCGGAACCGAUACUCAACAUAUUAUCCUGUGCUACGCAGAAAAGGGGAUAUGAAAUUCCUUGCAGCAAUCUUUGACGUAAAGUGAUUCAUUUUAUGGGAAAUGCAGUUUGUGAUGUUAAUAAACACUGCACCAUGUUACUGUUGGAUGAUAAGAAAAUGAUUACCGGCGACAAGCUGCUUCCCUCUGUGAGAAACCAAGUCACCGAGAGUGCGAGGAGUCCAGCGAGCUGCGGCAGGCAUUUGUCUUUUGUGUUUAAGACACACAUUGGAGGUCUGUGAUCUAAUGGACACACCUGAGAUUGCUGUCUUCUGAUGGAUAUUAAAAGAAAACCUGCAUUUCAUAUGAUUCCCGAGCAGCUGUGAAGAAUCCUGGCUGGAGGAAAUGAAGCCUCGUGCAGUCCUGGGAUCUUUUUGGAGCAAACGACCGGAAAACAAAUGCAACGUGCAAUUGAUCAAACCCGGAUCGCAGCCUAACAGACACUGAGUGCGUCUUUCAAAGAUGAAAUCCAACCAGGAGCGCAGCAACGAAUGUCUACCGCCCAAGAAACGUGAGUUUCCAGUCAGCAGCCUGCCCUCCCUGGCAGAGAAGCCGGUUGCCACGGCCACUGGCAGUGAGAGGAGCCGCAGUGAAAACUUGGCGUGGCUGGCCAACAUCGCCAGCCGGCAGAGCAGCGUGGGGGUGAAGUACGGACAUGCCAAAGGAGCAGGAGAAACCUCACUGGAAACUGGCCUGCCUCUGUACAAGCCACUACCGGCAGCUGUGGACUACUCAUCGCCCGGGAAUGUGAGAGGGGCUCCCGGCGUGACGCAACUCCGCGCGGUGUAUUCAUCGUCGGUCUUGGCCCAGCCGGGGCCCUCCAUGUCUCCGGUGGAGUACACGCCUCUGCAGCCGGCCGCCUUCCAGUUUGUCGGGCCGCCGUCGUUCAGCGGGCCCUACGUGGGCCCGCCCGCGUUCGUCCCGUCCCCGCUGGCGGUGUCUCAGGCCUCCGCCUCCCCGACGCAGUAUUCCCACCUGGAGCCCUAUUCCGCCAUCUUCGGCGGCCCGUCCCAGCACAAGGCGGGGUUGGAGCAGCAGCAGCAGCAGCAGCAGCAGCAGCAGGCGGGCAGGACGCGCAGAGAGAUGCCCGCGUCACAGUACGCGCAGGCCCCCAGCCCGUUGCCCAACAUGACCAGGCCUCACUCUCCGGCCCCGCUGCACCCCCACCCGUCGCUGGCGCCGCGCUCCCACGCCGCCACCACCACCUCGCCCAUGCUGCUGCAGUACGCCGAGGCCGGCUACCACGCUGCGCACAGGGAGGCCCAGAGGAAGGCCGGCGAGCCCAGGCCCCACCUGGCGCCGCGCAGGGAAAUGCUGAACGGCGAGGUGGACAAAGGGCGGCGCUACGAGUCGAACGCGGACAAGGCGGGGGCCAAGGCACUCCCCCGGCACUACGAGAUCAGGCACGGGACCCACGUGGUUGUCCACCCUGCCGACUAUGCACAGGAAACUUUAGCCUCCAGGGCCUCCGUGAUGAUCAUACCCAACAGCCACACGCCCACCACGGAUCUGGAGGUGCAGCAGGCCACAAGCAGCGACAGCUCCCAUCUGGCAUUGUACGAAAAGGCCAACCUCAAUCACGGCAAGGCCACCUUCUCUCCACAGUCAGUCAUCCAGACCACACAUACCCCCACUGACCACAUCUCCAUCGGCCCCCCCGGCGGGGCAGUCUACUCCAGUCCUCAGCAGCCGCUCAUCGGCUACAUAAGCAGCCAGCAGCAAGGCUUGAGCUACCACGGGAACCUACAGCAGCACCUGGUGAUCCCCGGCACCCACCCGCUCCUCAUUCCCGUCUGCGGCACGGCAGUGGAGGCCCCGGGGGUGGGCUCCGCCAUCAUGACGUCCUCGCCACAGUACGCCGCCGUGUCCCACCCCUUCGCCACCAACGCCGGCCACAAGGCCGAGACCUACCACCACCACCACCACCACCACCCGGAGCCGCUGGUGGCACAGUCGGCCUACCACACUGCCGUGGUGCAGGCACAGGUACACCUGCCCCUGGUCCAGCCGGUCAGCUCCCCGGUGGCUGCCUCCACUCAGCUGCCCCCCUACUUCAUGAAGGGGUCAAUCAUACAGCUGGCCAACGGGGAACUGAAGCGAGUGGAAGACUUGAAAACAGAGGACUUCAUCCAGAGCGCUGAAAUCAGCAGCGAUCUGAAGAUUGACUCUAGCACAGUGGAGCGGGUGGAGGGCAGUCAAGCCUCCAGCUUUGCUGUUCUGCAGUUUGCUGUAGGGGAACAUCGAACGCAGGUCAGCGUGGAGGUGCUGGCGGAACACCCGUUUUUUGUCUUUGGGAAAGGCUGGUCUUCGUGCUGCCCCGAGAGGACCUCGCAACUCUUUGGCCUGCCCUGCUCCAAACUGACGGUGGGUGACGUUUGCAUAUCCCUCACGCUGAGGAACCUGAACAACGGCUCCCUGAACAAAGGGCAGGCCACCGCGGACUCCGGCCAGCCGCCGAGGCACCCCAGGAAUUACAGCCCGGCCGCCUGCAGGCUCCCCCGCUACCUGGAGCGGGAAAACGGGAUUGUUCAGGGGGACGUCUCGGAGAACGGCAGGCCGCCCGACCAGGGCUUCGCCCUCCAGCGCGCAAAGCCCUGGCUCGGCAAAACAGAGUUCGGCGGGCGCACCCCGACCAGGAAGCGCAGGUGGUCCGCCCCCGAGACACGGAAAGUGGAGAAGACUGAGGAGCAGCCAUUCCUCCUCCCCAAACCAUCCUUCAUUCCUCAGGAGGUGAAGAUUUGCAUUGAAGGCCGAUCCAACGUAGGCAAGUGACGAAGGAAGGCACUUUGGGGUGGAGUGACACUUGCUCACACAUCAAAAACAAAAUGUUAAAACUAUAAUACUGUACUGUAGACUUAAAGCUAGAAAAAAAACCCAGUAUUUACAUGUUAUCUGCUUGUUAUUUUAGGUUUUUUGUUAAUAACAUGUAAUAAUUUCGAAUGGUGUUAAGGAGAAGACAGGUAGGUGUUCUUUCCACAUAGCUUUGACUGUUCACUGUUUAUUGAAUGCCCUUACGAAAAUUCUCACCUGGAUUAUUCCUGUCAUGAUUAGAAUCCAUUAUAGUCUUCUCUGGUACUGUGUUUUUUUUUUUAAUUUGGUUCAUAUUUAGUGACAGUGUGUGCCACUUUCUUUAGUUCCCCCUGACUUAUGUGUACAUUGUGUGCAAUCCACAGUGGGACAGGGUGACCCUUUGGGCAUUUGCAAUUUUUUGUCAUAUUUAUUUUGCUGGGCCUUCCUCCUCUCCCUUCGAGAGGCCCCAACAUCAUACCAAAUUUGACGAGUUUAGUAUUAUCUGUAAAAACACUGUCAUCCACUUAAACUAGAUACUGAACGUUGAGAAAGAAACGGAAACUGAAGAAUGACGUUUGUGUAGAAGACGCGAGUGUGGAACCAAUUGUAGAAUCGAGUUUGUUUGGAAGAAUGAGAAUCAGCGGUGAUGAUUCCUGAGUGAAUGAUUUAAUACGAUAGUAGUGGUCUGUCGGAGACUGCUUUAUCAGAACGCACUUUUUAAAUGUAAUGCUUAAAAGAAGAGGGGUGGGGUUUGAAUAGCCGGCGCGUUGAGACGCAAGCUGGAAGAGAUAUCUUAAGAGUUAUCCAGUAUUUAACUGUUGUACUUUUAAAGCAUUUGGCAAUUUGCACAUCUCGAUAGUCAAACAAUCAUCCAGUGAGUCUGUCAGUUGUGCUGUUUUUUUUUGUUUUCUCUCGAACCUUUUUCUUUUGAAAAGGGGAAAAGUUUAAAUAAAAGCAAUGUAGCGGAUAUUGUUUGGCCUGUGUUGGCAUUGGGACCUUCCCGCAGUGUUGUUUAUCAUGUUGAGCGAUGGACUCGAAGCCUGUCAUAUCUAUUAACCUCCCCAAGACAGUUUGAAAUGAUACACCUUUCCAGUAAUUUUUCCAAUUUUUAGGAGAUCUCAGGCUGUUGCAAAAAUUAAAAAUGGUUGUGUAACAAAA